AGUGCGCAUGUUCUGUGCCCUCCCUGUCUACUGUACCCACUACCCAGAAGAGACGUUCUUCCGCCGCCAUCCUCCAUCCCAGAGCCAGAUAACAACACAAACCUGCACCUAAACAUGAGUUACACAGUGGAAGAGAGGGGAAACCCGAACUCCUUGAGCUACCGCUUGUUCUUCAGUAAGUAAAAAUAAGAAAGUUUCGUCAUUCUUUGCUACUUUAGGUUACCCGCAAACCUCUAAGAUCCCUGAGGCAGGCCAGCUCCAGUUUCCCACGUGUCACUUAUUCAUUCAUUCUUACCGGGUUGUUGCAUUAAACCUUCAGUUGUAUCUAAACGUAUGUUCUCAGACUGGAAAUUACAGCUAACAUAUCUCGACGUAUCGGGGUAACAUCUGUACUUAAUGGGGAAGGUCGAACCAGCUCUGCCGGUUUUUCUUGGAAACACGAGUCCAAGUACUUUGUUCUUUUUUCGGACAUAGGUUCUUUUAUCGUCGACCACAAAGCCGCCAUACCUGUCAGGUUUCUGAAGGAGGAAGGUGUUUAUUUCGGGAAAUCUCACUUGAACACGUCAGCCAGCAUAGAGCAAUAAAAGCUUGUAGUUAGAGCUCCGGAGUUACGCCCUCUGUGUUCAUGUGAAUCAACCCAUUGAUUCAUUCAGCUGCAGAAAUGGUGAUUUAUUAACCCUGUGGACUGACCCUCCUCUCAGUGGACAAAUUAUUGAUUAUCACUAUUCAGAUUUCUUCUAACCAUCUCAGUACAAAUGCUGAUAGGGUGAAUACUAAUGGUAGGGGAGCACCGAUCAUAAUUUUCUGGCCGAUCACCGAUCUUCAAAAACGCUUGACCAGCCGAUACCGAUUUUAUUUUUAUAACUACCAACUAGAGAUGGAAAUCGAGAACUGGUUCUUGUCAAGAACCGGUUCCAAAUGGUUCAAUUCAUCAACAUCAUUUACACUUCAUUUUAAUUAUUCCCUUAACGAUUCCUUUCUUCCGGGUGCUUUGGAAAACGGUCUUGUGAGAGGCAGUCUACGUGAAGGAGAGCAGAGACUUUGAGGAAAAAACAUGGAGGAUGGUACAAAAAGUAGGCAGAAACAAUCUAAAGCGUAGCUUCAUUUUACAACAUUGAGUCUUGUAUGGGAAUUUUGAGUUUGUGAAGCGCGGAUUAACUGAGCCAGAAGCGCGUAAAAAAACACUCAACCCGACCAGAAAAACCGUCAAAAUUUGCGCACAACUCCCCCUCAUGUAGCUGUGUCCUCUUUUUGGAGAUCCAGAGUAUGGUCACCUAUUUGACUUAAUACUGACCAAGUAAAUGUUGUACAAAUAGUUUUUCGUUUAAUUAUUUUUAGACAACAUAUUUUUCUGUUAUCAAAGAUUCAAUAAAAUUUUCAGUUAGCAUUGAAAACUUAGUCAAAGAAAGGCAUUGAUAAGCAAAUCGUUAAAGAAUUGAAUUGAUAAGCAGAAUCUUUAAUGGCAACGUUAUCGAUAAAAUGGUAUCAAUUCCCACCCCUACUGACAACAUUCACCUUUGAUGCUCCAAUCUUAUUUUCAAAAACACAUUGAACAAUACUUGUUUAACAAUACAAACUUCUUUUGUUUGUUUUAACUGCACGUGAGUUAGUUCUCUCAAGUAUAUAAAUGAAAAGUUUAGAAUAUCGCUGUCCAAACUACUAAAUUAUAUCAGUUCCUUUAGUUUUUUAUUUUCCACAUUUUGAAAAUGAACAACACUUGCACAACAGGUCACACUGCAGGCCUGUUUUGAGCGUCUUAACAAAAAAAGUGCACAGCAGUAUUUUGCUUCUACAAGUAAAGGAAAUCACAAGGUUUGAGGAAGUUAGUAAAAUAUUAAUCUACAGGACAAACUAACAACACCACUUAAACCGCCAAUAAACUGUCCUGAGUUUUAGGUUUCCUUGUAGUGGGUUCAACACGCUUGGUUGAUCAUGCACCACACGUGACCCGUCAUUCUGGCAAAGCAAAAAGCUACAACGGCUGAUUUUCAGACCUUUGCUGAUGUAGAUAAGACUGGUGGAUAAGAUCGGUUUCAUAUGUACCGAUCCCCCAAAAUUGAGGAGAUUGGUGCCGAUUGAUCAACCGUCCAAUUUAUCGGUGCAUGUUUAGUAAGCAGUGACCUCUUCAAGCAGGAUGCAAGCUAAUGAGUUGUUUAGGCAGCUGGACUGGCACUGUCUGGUAUGUUGCAUUCACUGUCCUGGUAUGAUCAGUGAGAUGUCGCUGCAAUCCUUUUCCUUGCAAAAUUAGGGGGCGUUAAUAAUUGUGCAACUUCCUCAAGAGGUCCGAGUACGCUGUUUUAAAAAAACCUGUGUACACUCUUGGCAAUCCACCAGACAUGAUGACACGAUGCUCCUGCAGGACAACCAGUUCUUGGCAGACAAACAAACACCACAUUUACUUAUCCAUCUACUGUUUUCAUAAAGUGCUAAAUUUGUGUUACAGAAAAUGCUGACGGAAAAUACAUCUCACCAUUCCAUGACAUACCAAUCUAUGCUGAGGAGAGCAAGGUAAGAUAGCAUCUGCCACCUUCACCCCAGAAAACACAUAAAUACAGUGUGUGUGUGUGUGUGUGUGUUCCCUGUAAAUUAACCUACGUGUUAAAUAGCACGCUCAGCACUGUCAUGGAUACAAAGUUGUGGAGAUAGCUUCAGGUUAUCAAUUACACUUAACUGUUCAAAGCCAUGCUCUCCAGAACAGUCAGGUCAGAGUCUGUUUGCAAAGGGCAAUGGCCUUUACUCUGUAUUGUCUAAAUGCUGUGUCAAUAUUGCUUGUGAUAACAGAAGUUAAUCUAUUAUUUUAUCUCUGUAAAACAAUUAAUCCUAGUUGUGGAUGACCAUGGUCAGAAGGUCCACAUAAUGCAAGCAGAAAAUGUUUUCAGGUUGUGAUCCUUAACUGUUACUUAUUUUUGUCUCUUACAGAACAUCUUUCACAUGGUUGUUGAAGUGCCAAGGUGGACAAAUGCGAAGAUGGAGGUAUUGCCUUAGAUUUUAAAUACUCAUUACAUUUUCUGAUAUGUUAUUGGAGCAAUACAUUUUUAUAUCCCAUUUACAUCUGUUGAACUCAUCAAAACUAGUUGCUUGUGGCUUAUGGGGAUCUGACUACGCCAUCAAAAUUAGACACCAGAAGCCUAUGCUCAGAGGUUAUGAUCCUCACACAGAUGUCCUAGGUUCAAUUCCAGUCUACGGCCCCUUUUUCACGUCAUUCCCCACUUUCUCCCCCAGUUUUUCAAAUCUGUCUGUUGUCCUGUCGUUUCUAAAUUACAGCACAAAACCCAAAAGAAAAUCUUAAAAAGCACAUCAACUUUAAGAUGCAUCUUUAACUGUAUAAUUUUAACGGGUUUGAAACUAUGUCAUUUCUACAAAUAAACAAAUUUAGUAUUUUUAUUUAUUUUAUUAAACACAAACAACCUGAUUUAUUUUCAGAUCGCUACCAAAGACCUCUUGAACCCAAUAAAACAAGAUGUGAAGAAAGACAAACUGCGAUAUGUUGCCAAUGUUUUCCCUCAUAAAGGCUACAUAUGGAACUAUGGUGCCAUUCCUCAGGUGAGUCAUUUGUUUUAAGACAUCUCUAAAUAUUGUCAUGUGAUCAACACAAAGGUACAAAAGGUAAUGUUUGGUAACUUAACUUGAUUCCUCAUGCUUGCUUUGUUUUGUGGUGUUUCAGACAUGGGAGGAUCCUGCACACAAAGAUGGUGACACUGGUUGCUGCGGUGACAACGACCCGAUUGACGUCUGUGAAAUUGGCAGCAAGGUACAACCCUGGCAGAUUAUCAGACAAUCACUGUUUAUCAUGUGUGUUUAUAAUGCUGCAAUGGCAAGAGAAACUAAACUGCCAGCUCAUAUCUAGGUGUGUUCCCGUGGAGAGGUAAUCAAAGUGAAAGUGCUCGGGAUCCUGGCCAUGAUUGAUGAAGGGGAGACUGAUUGGAAAGUGAUUGCAAUCAAUGUGGAGGACCCUGAAGCCAACGAUAUGAACAGUAAGCGCCAACAUUUACAAAUUUUGCUUUUUAUCCAUCAGUCUCCCUCUGUCUGAACUUUUGAGCAACUAAUCAUUUCGAUCUCAUGUUGUCAUCUAUGGUUAGAUAUCAAUGAUGUUCGACGCCUGAAACCUGGUUAUCUGGAGGCCACAGUCGACUGGUUCAAGAGGUACAAGGUGCCAGAUGGAAAACCAGAGAACCGGUUUGCCUUCAACGAGGAGUUCAAAGACAAGGUUCCUACCUGCACUCUUUGCCUAUCCAACAUAUUUGCUUUUAAAGAUAGUUUUAAAGUCAUUUUUGUAAACACUUCUCUAUUUGUGCUCGACAUACACCCCUGCAAGUUGGAGUGAAAACCUCACUUAAAUCAUCCUGUUAAGUAGGUGAUUGUGCAGAUUUUCUUUAACUAAUAUGAUAUCUCUUGUUUUAGGACUUUGCCGUUGAAGUCAUCAAGAGCACACACAACCUCUGGAAGGACCUCAUCUCUCAGAAGACCAGCGCUGGUAAAGUCAGCUGGUAAAGACUGUUCUUUUUCUGCAGCUAAAUUAUCCUUAAUUUGGAAAAUUACCCACCGAAUCUUACAAAUGUAUUGCCUUUUGACUUUAAAUGUAAAUAUGCCAAUCUUAUCAUGCUAUACAGCAAAAACACAUGUGUAUCGGAGUGCGACAGCCCUUACUGCUGCUCUGCUGAAGCGGCCAAAGCUGCUGUUGAUGAAGUAAGAUUUUAGUCUUCCUCAUUUGCAACAUUUAACCUCUGACAUGAAUUCAUAAUUUUAUUACUGCAAGUGACUUCUUGCCCUUUUUUUUAUUUAGACAUGUCCUUGUGGAAAAGAAGAUGCUAUCCCCGCAUCAGGUAGAGCUUUAAAACACAUUACUUUAAAUAACGCCCUGAUUAUUAAAAAUCCUCUGAACUUGACUGAUCUGAUGUGCAUCUAACUGUUAUUUAUGUUUCCUUUUUUUCCAUUUGCAGUAGACAAAUGGUUCUACUAUGAGAGGAAAUAAACCAGGAGCUGUUUGGAUUGGCACUUGCUGAAAGGAUCAUCAAUUAUAGAAUGAUUUGAAUAGAUAGCCCUACUCUUGGAACCAAUAGGAUGACUGGAUGGGACGUGGAUGGUUAAGCUUGGGUUAGACACUGUAGAGAACAAGAUAAUUCAAAUGUUCUUUUGUCUUGACAGAUGAAUUUUCACUUAUUUAAUUAAGGUAUUGUUGGACAUGUGCUUUUGUAAACAAAGUGCAGGUACUAGUAGACAUGCCCCGCAUAAGAUGCUGAACUGCUUUAAUAAAGCUUAAAACUGUAAUCAAUGUGCGAUACACCCCCGCUUCCUAGCACUGUUAAAUAAAAUAAAUGCAUAAAACUUGUCUAAA